AUGCGUGUAUGUUCUGUGGUUGGAUGUACUAGCAGAAAAAAAAAUCCAAAAACAUCUUUACAUAAAGUACCAAAUGAUUUAAAAUUAGUUUGGAAUACUGCUGUAAGUAAGGUGAAUAAUCAAAAAACACCUUUAAAAUAUGUUUGCUCAGAACAUUUCACUAGUGAUGAUUUUUUAACAUCAUACUCUGUGCCAAGUGAUAUCUGCAGCAGUUUUAUUGGUCAAAGGGUGAAACCGGGCUUAAAGAAAGGGGCAAUACCUACAGUAUUUGUACAUGAGAAUCUUAUUUCUCAAAGUGCUCAAAAUAUUAAUAAAGUAUCUAAUUUACAAUGCCACACAGAAAUAUUUAGGAGGGAAUUAUUCAGACAAGAGGUUAUACAAGAUCAACAGAUUAAUUCACAAGAACUAGCUACAGAACUAGAUAAUAACGAAAUAUGUCUGAGUAAACGAUUACGUUUGAGCUGUUCUAAAGAGUAUGACUAUUUUUCAAACUUUAAAUAUAAUGUAAUUGAGAAAAGUAAGAAACAAUUAGUGAUUGAAAAACAAAUAGUUUUCAAAGAUGAUUUAUCAAUUGACUUUUAUGUCAAUAAGUUUUGUAUUCAACCUGAAAGUAUAGGAAUGAUUAAACUAACAUAUCCUAUUAAUAUAGAAUGUAUAACACAGGCAAUAAUUACUUUUGAUUGGAAAUUGACAUGUCAAGGUGGACCAAAACCUAUUGAUUAUCCCGAUUCAAACAAUUUGAAUGAUCCACAGAAGUUAAUUAUCAAAGAAAUAAUUAAUACAAGUAGAGCGACGAUACCAAAUAAUAAACGUUACAGUGAAGACUGGAUUUUAUUAUGUAUUUUAUUAAGGAUUCGGUCACCUUCUACGUAUACAUUUUUAAAACAACAAGACAUUUUACCUUUGCCUUCUGUACGUACCACACGUAAAUAUUUAUCACUUGUUAAUACACAAUGUGGAUUUGACAAACAAUUUUUCCAAUUAUUAAAAAAAAAAUUUAGCAUGCUUACUUCCAAUCAAAAGCAAGGCAUGUUAAUUUUUGAUGAAAUAUGCGUACGGGAAAGUAUUAGUGUAAAUUCUAAAACUUUAAAUUACUCUGGACUAGAAGAUUUUGGUGAAGAUGUGAAAAGUUCAGGGUUAAAAGCUAAUCAUUGUUUAGUAUUUAUAUUUCAAAGCUUAGCUGCAAAUAUCUCCCAGCCAGUAGCAGUGUUUGCUUCUAGGGGUCCUGUAAAAGGUAAUAUUAUAUUACUUAUUCUUGCUCAGCUCGUCAUAAAAGCUAUUUGCCUUCUGGAAGGUAUUGGUGCGAAGGUCAAUGGUGUGGUUUCUGAUGGAGCAUCAACCAACAGAAAACUUUGGGCUGAACUUGGAGUUAGUGGUCAAAAAGGCCAAGUAAAAAAUUAUUUUGAACAUCCUCUGAAAAACAAUAAAAAGGUGUACAUGUUUUCUGAUGCACCUCAUCUAAUAAAAAAUGUCAGAAACAGGUUGUACAACAAAAAGAGUUUAAGAGAGUCUCCAGAAAAGCCUUUUAUUAGAUGGUCACAUUAUGUAGAUGUAUAUAUGAAUGAUAUAGCAAGAAAUUCAAACUCUCCAACCAAAGUAUGCCCUAAAAUAACACCAAGACAUAUAGCUCCAGACAAUUUUGCUAAAAUGAGUGUGAAACUAGCCACUCAAAUAUUCAGUGAUUCUAUGGCUAAGGGUAUUCAGUUUUAUAGGGAAUAUAUUAAGAUUGAUUCAUUAAAAAACAGUUAUGAAACGCAAAAAUUUACUGAAAGAUUAAAUUUAUUGUUUGAUGUUUUGAAUCGAAAAUACCCAGCUGAAGGGAUUAAAAAUGAUUUUAAAGUAGGCAAGUAUGCUAAGUAUAGUAUCAAUUUUAUCAAUUUUAAGUUUGGAAACUCCCAAAAUUACUAUUAGUGAUUUAAAAACCAUUUUUAAUACUAAUGACAUCACAGAAAAAAAAAAAAAAUUGAGCACUUACGUAAAACACUAGAUUCCUAUGUGACAGUAGGUUUAGAAGUAGAAGAUGUAUUUGAUAAUAAUGAUCAUAAUUAUUUUAAAGUUGACACAGAAACCUGUGUUUUAUAUUAUAUAUGUGGAUACAUAACAAGGUACUUCAUGAAGCAUAUAAAUUGCAAGGUCUGUCAGAAGGCAAUAGUUGGCACAACAGAUUUUUGUGAUAGGCCGGAAUCAGUACUGACAAAUUUAAAAUCAAGAGGAGCAUUAACUUACCCAAAUAAGAUUUUAUUUUCUUUAAUUACAGAAAUUGAAAAAUCAUUUUCUAAAUUUUGUGAUUACAGCGAUGCAUUUAAUUUGACGGUUAAUGAUUUUUUUUCAGGCUCAUUAAAUAGCAUUAAGUGGCCUUGUAGUCAACACAAAUGUGAUACAUUAACUUCAAUUUUGUCAUACUACAUUACCAUGCGAAUGCGGCAGUAUACACAAAUAGUUAAUAAAAAUGUUGCAAAAGUGAAUGCUAAGAAGAAAAAAUGUUCUAAACUUACAGUUUCAUAAAUA